GGCCCAGGCCUACAGGCCCAGCCAGAGCCCAGCUCGCCCACGCCAUGCAGUCGGAACUGAAUAAUUCCUGUCCCAAGGGUGGAGAUCCCCAGGGUGCUUCCCUGCUUUCGCGGAUGCUGCAAUUCAUGGAAGAAGGAGUGCAGAACACCAUGCUGACGGGCAUCUUGAUCGGGGCCCUGGUCGCCUUCCUCUUCCUUGGCGCUGCCAUCUUCUUCGUGUACCGGAGAGUGAAGCAAUCUCGACAACUCCAGUCAGCAACUCCUCAGUACAGGUUUCGCAAAAGAGACAAGGUGAUGUUCUACGGCCGGAAGAUCAUGAGGAAGGUGUCUACGUUGCCCAACACCCUUGUCGGGAACACGGGUCUGCCCCGGCAGAGGGUGAGGAAGAGGACGAAGGUCCUGUCUCUGGCUAAGAGGAUUCUGCGCUUUAAGAAAGAAUAUCCCACACUGCAACCUAAGGAGCCCCCUCCAUCCCUGCUGGAAGCUGACCUCACUGAGUUCGACGUGAAGAAUUCCCACCUGCCCUCCGAAGUCUUGUACAUGCUGAAAAAUGUCCGGGUCCUGGGUCACUUCGAGAAGCCCCUGUUCCUGGAGCUCUGCAAGCACAUGGUCUUCGUGGAGCUGCAGGAAGGGGAAUACAUCUUCCGGCCCGGGCAACUGGACAACAGCAUUUACGUGGUGCAGGAUGGGAAGCUGGAAGUUUGCAUCCAGGGAACUGACGGCACCGAGAUGGUGGUGAAAGAGGUCCUCGCGGGAGACAGCGUCCACAGUCUCCUCAGCAUCCUGGAUGUUAUCACGGGUCACCCGGCUCCGUACAAAACAGUCUCGGCACGAGCGGCGAUUCCAUCCACCAUCCUCAGGCUUCCUGCUAUUGCUUUCCAAGGCAUCUUUGAGAAAUACCCAGAAACCUUGGUGCGGGUGGUACAGAUCAUCAUGGUGAGACUGCAGCGAGUGACCUUCCUGGCUCUCUACAAUUAUCUGGGGCUGACCACGGAGCUCUUCAGCUCUGAGAGCCAGGCCAUCCCCCUGGUGUCUUUGGCCAGCCUGACAGCCAACAAAGCGAUGAAAAGACAGAUGUCCUGCCCCAUUCCAGAAGAAGAGCGGGGAGAGAAGAUCGACAAAAUGGGGGAAAUCUCCGAAUCAGAAUUCAUGAAGAGCUGCCCAGCAGAUAGUCCUGGGCCUCUGGCGAAGAGAAGCUUUUCCAGCCCUGUGCCUGCCACCACUUACGGAGAAGUUUCUGGAGACCUGGGGAAGAUCCAGGGGGCUGUUCCCGACCCAAUUACCCCACAAGGUAGCCCAGUCGGAGCCAAAUCGGAUCUGGGGAUGGUCUACGAUCGGGCGAGGGUCAGCAUCACCUCGGAUAACUUUCCCUCGGUCAAUGUUGUGAGCAAGCCCCGAAAGUCAGUGACGGUGUCAGAAAUCCCCUCGGCCGUAUUCCACUACUCGGAGGAGGAUUCCGAGGAGGUGACGGUCAGCAGGAAAGUCGACAUCAUCUUUAAGGCAGCCAAGGAAGACCUGCUCACCCUCAUGAAGCUGGACAAUCCCUCGCUAUUGGAUGGAAAAGUGACCCUCCACCAGGUGAAGGCGGGGACUGUGGUGUCCAAACAAGGAGACCAGGACGUGAACAUCCUGUUCGUGGUGUCCGGCCUUCUGCACGUCUACCAGCGCAAGAUCGACAGCGAGGAGGAGACGUGCCUGUUCGUCACCCACCCGGGCGAGCUGGUGGGCCCGCUGGCCGUCCUCACGGGGGAACCCCUCAUCUUCACCAUCAGGGCCAACAAAGACUGCAUUUUCCUGUCCAUCUCCAAGGCCCAUUUCUACGAGAUCAUGCGGCAGGAGCCCACCGUCGUCCUGAGCGUGGCCCACGCGGUUGUCAAACGGAUGUCGUCGUUCGUCCGGCAGAUCGACUUCGCCCUGGACUGGAUGGAAGUGGAGGCCGGGAGAGCCAUUUACAGGCAAGGAGACAAGUCAGACUGCACUUACAUCGUCCUCAGCGGCCGCCUGCGCGCCGUGAUCAAGAAGGAGGAUGGGAAAAAGCGCCUGGCCGGUGAAUACGGGCGAGGAGACCUCAUCGGCGUGGUGGAGACACUGACCCACCAGCCCAGAGUGACGACAGUACACGCCGUCCGCGACUCCGAGCUCGCCAAACUGCCCGUUGGGGCGCUGACCUCCAUCAAACGCAAAUUCCCUCAGGUUGUGACACGGUUGAUCCACCUCCUCGGCGAGAAGAUUCUGGGCAGCCUCCAGCAAGGGAGUACUUCAGGUCAUCCCCUGGGGCUGUAUAGCACGGGAAACAAAUGGGAUUCUGGGAACCCGGCCAACAACCUGGCCACGGUGGCCAUCAUGCCGGUGUCGGAAGACGUACCUCUCACCACGUUCACCCUCGAACUCAAGCACGCCCUCACCGGGAUCGGUCCCGUCCUGCUCUUGACGAGCGACAACAUCAAGCAGCGCCUUGGGAACACGGCACUGGACAGCAUCCAUGAGUACCGGCUGUCCAGCUGGCUGGGCCAACAGGAGGACAUACACCGCAUCGUCCUGUACCAGGCGGACAGCACUCUGACGCCCUGGACCCAACGCUGCAUCCGGCAGGCCGACUGUAUCCUCAUCGUCGGGCUGGGCGAGCAGGAGCCCACCGUAGGCGAGCUGGAGCGGAUGUUGGAGAACACGGCCGUGCGAGCUCAGAAGCAGCUGAUCUUGCUGCACAAGGAGGACGGCCCGCCCCCGGCCCGCACGGUGGACUGGCUUAACAUGCGGAGCUGGUGUUCCGGCCACCUGCACCUCUGCUGCCCGCGACGCAUCUUCUCCCGCAGGAGCCCGCCCAAGCUGGUGGAAAUGUACGAUCGGGUUUUCCAGAGGUCCCCAGACCGGCAUUCCGACUUCUCCCGCCUGGCCCGGGUCCUGACUGGGAACGCCAUCGCGCUGGUGCUCGGAGGCGGGGGAGCUCGAGGCUGUUCCCAAGUGGGCAUCAUCCGGGCCCUGUCGGAAGCCGGCAUCCCCGUGGACUUGGUCGGAGGGACGUCCAUCGGCUCCUUCAUGGGCGCUCUCUACGCCAUGGAGCGCAACUACAGUCAGAUGAGGAUCAGGGCCAAGCAGUGGGCCAUGGAUAUGAAUUCAGUGAUGAAAACCGUCCUAGAUCUGACUUACCCCAUCACCUCCAUGUUCUCCGGAGCCGCUUUCAACAACGGCAUCAGGGGCGUCUUCAAAGACAAGCAGAUUGAGGAUCUCUGGAUUCCGUAUUUCACCAUCACGACCGACAUCACCGCCUCGGCGAUGAGGGUCCAUACGGAUGGUUGCCUGUGGAGAUACGUCCGGGCCAGCAUGUCUCUGUCCGGCUACAUGCCCCCACUCUGCGACCCCAAAGAUGGCCACCUGCUCAUGGAUGGAGGCUACAUCAACAACCUCCCAGCCGACGUGGCGAGGUCCAUGGGGGCUAAGGUGGUCCUCGCCAUCGACGUGGGCAGCCGAGACGAGACAGACCUCACCAACUACGGCGACUCGCUGUCAGGCUGGUGGCUGCUGUGGAAACGCUGGAACCCCCUGGCAGAGCAAGUGAAGGUGCUGAACAUGGCGGAGAUCCAGACCCGCCUGGCCUACGUUUGCUGCGUGCGGCAGCUGGAAAUGGUGAAGAACAGCGAUUACUGCGAGUACAUCCGCCCGCCCAUCGAUCGCUACGGGACCCUGGAGUUUGGAAAAUUCGACGAGAUCUGCGAGGUGGGCUACCAGCACGGGAGGACCGUGUUCAGCGUCUGGUGCCGGGGCGGCGUGCUUGACCAGAUGCUGAAGGACCGCCAGGAGACCCGCAAGACCAAAGCCAGCGACGCGCUGACAUGCCCAAACGCUUCCUUCACCGACCUGGCGGAGAUCGUGUCCCGGAUCGAACCGGUCCCGGCGGCCCUGAUGGACGACGAAUCCGACUACCAGACUGAAUAUGAGGAAGAGGUUUCGGACUUCGCCAAAGACGAGUACAUCAACUUCCAAAGCGCCCAGCUGCAAGAUGACUCGGAUUCGGACGAAGAGAUGAGUUGCCACUUGCGUCGGCGCUUGACCUCGUCCUCCUUGCAGAACUCCUCGUAGGAGACCCCUCCCACCCCGUCCCGUCUCCCCGUUCCUGCCACGUCCACCAGGCCGGCGCGACAGCCAGCACCCCCCACCCUCGGCUGGUGGGGCUCUGCGGUGCCUUUGGCCGAGAUGGCCUCAGUUGCCCCCCACCCUUUCCCACCCACCAGUUGCACUGGACCACUCACCCGACCCCUUUGGUGGGGCCCAUAGGGGCGGGGCUGAAGAUGGGGGGCCGCCACGAGCCAAAGCUACUACUGAUCUCCCCCUUCCCCUCUGUGACCGCUCACCCCCAAAGAAAGGUAACUCUCGCCAACCUUUGCCAU